UAGGCCUAUUUCCGGUAGGAAUCAGUGGGCUUGGCGGCAGAGGCAGUGCCGAUCCGGCGUUGUCCACUGAGGUUUUCCAAGGCUGUACAGACAUGGCGGCGGCUUUUCGGAAGGCGGCUAAGUCCCGGCAGCGGGAACACCGAGAGCGAAGCCAGCCUGGCUUUCGAAAACAUCUGGGCCUGCUGGAGAAAAAGAAAGAUUACAAACUUCGUGCAGAUGACUACCGUAAAAAACAAGAAUAUCUCAGAGCUCUCCGGAAGAAGGCUCUUGAAAAAAAUCCAGAUGAAUUCUACUACAAAAUGACUCGAGUUAAACUCCAGGAUGGAGUACAUAUUAUCAAGGAGACCAAGGAAGAAGUAACCCCAGAACAGCUAAAGCUGAUGAGAACUCAGGACAUCAAAUAUAUAGAAAUGAAGAGGGUUGCAGAAGCUAAGAAAAUUGAAAGACUAAAAUCAGAGCUCCAUCUGCUGGAUUUCCAGGGGAAGCAACAGAACAAGCAUGUGUUCUUUUUUGACACCAAAAAGGAAGUUGAACAGUUUGACGUUGCAACUCACCUGCAGACAGCCCCGGAGCUAGUCGACAGAGUCUUUAAUAGGCCCAGGAUAGAGACCUUGCAGAAAGAAAAAGUGAAAGGAGUUACCAAUCAGACUGGACUUAAGCGAAUAGCUAAAGAAAGGCAAAAGCAGUAUAACUGCCUGACACAGCGGAUUGAACGAGAGAAGAAAUUGUUCGUUAUUGCUCAGAAAAUUCAAACACGCAAAGAUCUUAUGGAUAAAACUCAGAAAGUGAAGGUGAAGAAAGAAACGGUGAACUCCCCGGCUAUUUAUAAAUUUCAGAGUCGUCGAAAACGUUGACAUGUUAUAGAUAAGCCUUGUCAUUCUGCAUCACAAAUCUGUUGUCUUUUUCUAGUAACUUCAAAUUCCAUUACUCCAAAUGGCAUGGUUUUCCGGUUUGUAACCAUAACUAAAUUGUCAGUCUGACAUUUAAUGUCUUUCUAUGGACAACAUUAAAUCUCCCUCCGUUUUGUAAUUGUU